GCCACGCUCGCCAAGGUUCCGCUCGAGUGGGCCUUGAAGCCGAUCCCACCGUCGAUCCAUGCAUCUCCUUAUGCAAGUGCAAAAGUAGCGAGGAACUUCGAGCACCGUCUGCCUUCUCUCUCCCCGCUGUGCAGCAAAUGCAUCUUCCAGCACCCUGGUAACCGCUGCCAUCUCCACGUCAACCUCUCUGCUGCCAGUGGGCUUUAUUGGUUCCUGAGCCGUGUGUUUUAUAGCCCCUGGCAAGCGGUGAUCCAGCCCAUUCUUCUUCUUGUUCUUCGCCUCCUCCCUGAUCAAACAGAAUGACCCUGCAUUCUCCGUCUGGCCCCGCUCCUCAAAAAGUCGCGUCCGUUGCGUCGUCGUCGACGACCGACCGUUCAGCCAUGCCCACAUUCCGCCGCGCACUCAGCGACAACGAGCUGUCGUAUUAUCUGCCCAGCCGAGCUUUCGGGAUGAACGAUAUCAAUGUGAUGCUGACUUUCGAGGCCCCCAAGGACUUGAUCACCCCCAUCCGUGUGAGGACGGCCUGGGCAAUCCUGCGGUUGAGGCAUUCGCUCCUGGCAAGUCGGGUCGAGAUGGAAGCGGGGCGAUACGAUGAGGCUUGCUUCGUCUACACACCACCUGCCAGCCCGAUGGAGGCGAUGGAAGAAGGCAGCCGAUCACUUACGACGUUCGCAGGGCUGUCCGGUGCAGAGCUGAUUGACGACUGCAUGAACCAGACGCGCAAGCUGUCGGCCGCUUCGCUGACGUAUCUUCAAGUCGAGCUCGAGAAUGAUGUGUCUCCCGGUGUCGGGGCUUACAAAAUGAUGCUUUACACGCCGCAUUUCGUGCUCGAUGCGCGAGGCAUCUACGCUCUGCACAACGAACUGUUGGAGAUGAUGGGCGGUCACUAUGGCUCGGAGUUGAGACCGAAAACGGACGCAGAACUGGUCAAGAUGCUGGAAUCCGAGUGGAUGCGACGUUGGGAUCGUCCUCAAGACGCUCAGGAUGCCAUUGUUCCGUCCAGCGAGUCCCGGUUGAAGGUUCCCCAAUCCGCCGUAGACCUGGCCGAGUAUAAGACGGAUUAUGAGAACGUCCAGAAGCAGUUCAGCGGCGCACACGCUUUUCCUCGGUCCAAGGCAUACGACCAUCACUGUCGUUUACUUCAGGCCAAGUUCAGCCCGCGACAAUCAACCACCAUGCUGUCAAAGUGCAAGCGCGAAGCCGUGACAAUACAGAGCGCCAUGUUCUCAGUCAUCAGCUUUGCAUAUCUGCUUCUGCGUGAACGACGACCGGAUUUGUCUCCCGACAAGACACUUCCGAUCCUCAUGUACACUGCCAUCAACAUUCAUGCCCAGCUGCAUCCACUGUCGAAACUGGCGUCCAAAACAUUUCUUGCGCUGACGUAUCAUAACGUGAUGCUGCCUGCUUUCCUUCCCGCUCGAGACAAGCACAAGGCGUUCUGGCAGCGGUCCCGGGAUGUUCAGAAGCAAAUGCACACGUACACUCGCAACCCGUCAAUUGCCGGUCGCUCCCUGGCUGCUGCAGCUGAACGCGCCGAGCGUGCCAAACACUGGGCGCGUUUUGACGACGAGGCUAAUGGCACGCUGCCCCCCAGCCCCAAAGUCGCUGUCGUGGCCAAGGCUGCCGAGGCUCCGGCUGUCCCAUCCAUCGCCCUGAUUGGUGUGUCGCAAGUCGGAUUGACGACCGGGAUCUAUCGCACAGAGCGCUAUCCGACAAUCAAGGUGACGGAUGUCGUCGGAGCAACUCGCAAAGGCCCUGGCGGGCUUUUCUUUUACACUCGAACCUUCUUCGGCCGUUUCCACAUGAUGCUGCAGUGGGAAACUUCGGUGUUUGCCGACGGGCUGAUGGAGGAGUUCUACGACUACUUGCUAGAGGUCAUCCACGAGUAUAUGCUCCAGGACCCCCAGAUGCGGACUAGAUCGGAGAUGGAGCUCGAGGGAUACGACAAACGGCCCGCGCCUCGAGCUAGGGCCAAGCUGUGAAGCAAGUUCAUCCAUCCUUUCUCCAUGGGGUCAACAUAGUCGGGUCACUUCCUUGCUGUUGUUUUAGGACUUGUACAAGAUUUCACACAGGUAUAUGCGCUCAUUCCUUUGUUAUUACUACGCUCCCUAUCACUCACUGCACUCGUUACAUAUACAUCUGUUUACAUCUUGACACUCCUAGUCUACCUCACACGCAUUAUUUAUCACGUGGAUUCCGGCACCUGUUCUUACUCCUCCAUGGUCCAUCGGUUACCAGAGAUACUGAGCUGCGAAAGUCGACCAGUCAAUGUCGGUUGCACAAACACCAAGCAUGCCUUAUGCGGUUACGUAUCGGCCCGUCAGGCGCUUGUUUUGCGGCUUGUACAGCAUCGUCCAGCAGUGCGCUAUGAGUCUGGUCUGAACCUUCCGAGCUAACCAACGUGCCUGGGUCUGGAUCAGCCUCGAGCGGCCAGCGACAGACUUGCCUUCAUUCCCUAAAUCCUCACGCCUUCACUCAUUGACCCAUAACGUGCGGAGAAGUAGCCGCUAUCAACGUUUCUCUGAUAUCAAAGGUCUCGACACCGGAUAAUCCCAUAAACGGAAUCGUCGCGCAACCCAAGCUUCCUCUCCCUCUUCCCUCUCUCCUUUCCUAUGGACCCGCCUGCGCGUGCGCCACGCCAGGCAGCGACGUCGGUGGCCGUCGGCACUCCGCGGCAUCGCGAACGCGAACGGGUGGCCUCCCAUCACCAUCACCAAACGCCUACUUCGUCCAAAUCCGCUGCGCCGGCUACGCGAUCGUCCGCCGCAAUCCGCGACGUGUUGGCCCAUCCGGCUGUGGUAGCGUUUGUCGCGAAUCACCCGAAACGGGGGGCGCUGCCCAAGUUUGGCUCGUAUUACAUGCUGCAGACUCUGGGCGAAGGUGAAUUCGGCAAAGUGAAGCUCGGCAUACAUUGCAAGUAUGGAGAGGAGGCUGCGGUCAAGCUUAUACGGCGGGAGUCGGUGCAUAAUGAGUCGAAAAUGGCGAAGAUUGCGCGAGAGAUUGAGAUACUUGACAGCCUCCGACAUCCGAAUAUCGUCCGACUGUACGACGUUUUCGAGACAGACAAGUUCUUUGGCAUCAUCCUCGAGUACGCUGCUGGUGGAGAGCUAUUCGACCACAUCCUAGCACACCGACACCUCAAGGAACGCGAUGCUGCGCGGUUAUUUGCACAGCUAGUGUCGGGUGUCUGGUAUAUGCAUCAGAAGAAUAUCGUUCACCGAGAUCUCAAGCUCGAGAACCUACUACUCGACCGCAAUCGCAAUCUCGUGAUCACCGACUUCGGCUUUGCCAACCAGUUCCAGCGGAAGGACUUGCUCAUGGAAACGAUGUGUGGCUCGCCGUGCUAUGCCGCACCCGAGCUGGUCAUGCAGGAAGGAUCGUACGUUGGCACGGCCGCUGAUGUGUGGAGCUGCGGUGUGAUCUUGUACGCAAUGCUCUCCGGUUAUCUCCCGUUCGAUGACGAUCCGGACAACCCCGACGCGGAGAACAUCUCGAAACUCUACGCAUACAUUUCCAAAACGCCCGUGUCUUUUGCGGAGCAUGUUUCUGACAAUGCACGCGACUUGCUGUGCUUGAUGCUAGUGCCGAAUCCUGUUCUGCGUUGCGAGCUGGUCACAGUCAUGCGUCACCCGUGGUUUCAGAUAAAUCUGCGCGAAGCAACGACGUUCGGGCUGACCGUAGCUGAACUGGAGAAGCUGGCAGAGGACGGAGCGACGACUAUGCUGGCCUACCGACGUGCCGGGAAGAGGCGUAAGGGUCUUAAGAAACCGGUCGUAGAGGAUAGCCCCUCCGGCUCGGAAGCGGCUUUCGUCGCUGAAGAAUCCCGAACGAGGCACACCAUCCAGGUAGACCACAAUACUCAACGCCGACAACGAGCAAUGUCAGAAUUGCCACCCCCCGACGCGAAAAUUCCUGUUUCACCACGUCGGCGACGACCAUCCAUCCUGGACAAUCCAAUCGUAGCUGGUGUUUCGACGUCAACAUCAUCCUCUUCCAACGGCCAGCCUCUGCCUCCCAUCGAGGAUUCGUCUUCUGUUUCUGGUGUGAUCGGCUCGCGGGAAGCGCUUCCCGGGACCAUGUCGAGAAGCGAAGCGCGAGCACUCUUGCACCCUCUCAUCGUCGAUUCUUCAUCGUCUUCGCCUCCGGUUUUGCCGCCCAAGCAGCAAAACAAAGUCAUGCAGUGGUUCCGCCGCGGCCGGAGGUCGACAACCACCAGCACGUCCAGCCCGCUGUCCGGUGCCGUCUCUUCGUCUCCUCCCCCGCAGCCAAGUGCGGCGGCGUCAUCCGUCGAGGUGGCGCAGCCAUUUCUCGUCACGCCUGGCACAGAAGAACACCGACAACGGACGAGCUCUGCGGUGUCCAUCACAUCUCUGUUCCGGCGAUCCCAGACAACGAAGCGGAGCAGCAAGUCCGUCUUACGGGUCCACCAUGGAGCGGUCGACCACGAGAUGAUCACGGCCAGCCGUCCCCCAGAAGUCAUGCAACAUAUCCGAGAGGUGUUACUUGGGAUGGGUGUCUCGGUGCAAUCUGAGGGAGAGUUCAAGUUCCGGUGCACACGCCCUUCGAGACUGCGGGAUCGCAGUGAGCCCCGGGGCAGUCGCGUCUUCCGUGGCCUCAUGCCGCGUCGGGCGCCGUCUCCCGCUCGCUCCAUAGCGUCAGAGAAGAACGGGGAUCUGACUUCCCCCGUCUCCGCACCCGAAGUCGAUGCAGUGUAUGGGGAACCGUCUGAGGAUAUCGGAGACGAAGUCCGGUUCUCAGUCGAGCUGACGCGUCUCGACAGGCUCAAGGAUAUGUACAGCAUGGACAUCCGACGGCUGAAAGGCAACCUCAAGAGCUACAAGUUUCUGUACGAGACAUUGCGGAUACGGACAGAUUUACAGAGACACUAAUAUGUAAUCAAUGUAUAUUUCACUCGUUAUAUCUAGUACUAGUAGUUGCGAUGGGACGGAAUGGGACACUUUGUUUUGACCAUGAUCAGAUAUUAUCAUUAUUCGUGCGUCGGAGUAUCCGAGAUCGUGAACACACAUUAGUGAAGCUUAGCAUAGAUUUUGUUCCUAAAUCAUUCCUUCAAAUAUCUUCAAACCUUCUCGACGUGCUCCGUCUGAGAUUUGCCAGUGUAGCUGGCGUCGGCAUCCAACAUGUGUUCCCGGUACUUGAC